AUCCCGAGCAUGCGAGUUGAGCCGCGGCGUUGCUAUGGAGACGCCUGCGGGUGGACGGCGGCGGCGGCGGCGCGUUGCCAUGGAGAGGCCGGGCCUAGAGCCGGCGAUGGGCGGCAGCGGCGUGGAGCAGAAUGGCAGAGAACCAGUCACAAGGAUAGUCUUGUAACCUAUUGCAAAUACGGAUUAAGGAUAUGAAAAGCAACCAUACACCCAAGGACUUCUUUCAUUUCUGAGAGCAAUAUCUGAAGACUUUAAACCAGUCUAGGAGUUAUACAAUUUCUUAAACUGCGAAUCAAACAGAUGAAGGAAUAUUGAGCUUAGGUUUCCGACUGUAUAGAUUUUUUCUUCCUUCAAAUAUGAAUCGAUAUACAACGAUGAAACAGCUGGGGGAUGGAACAUAUGGCUGCGUCCUCAUGGGGAAGAGUAAUGAAUCGGGAGAAUUGGUAGCCAUCAAAAGGAUGAAGAGGAAAUUCUACUCCUGGGAUGAAUGUAUAAAUCUCAGAGAAGUUAAGUCAUUGAAGAAAUUAAACCAUGCAAAUAUUAUCAAGCUCAAAGAAGUUAUAAGGGAAAAUAAUCAUCUUUACUUUAUUUUUGAAUACAUGAAAGAAAACCUGUAUCAACUCAUGAAAGAUAGAGAUAAGUUAUUUCCUGAAUCGAUCAUUAGGAACAUAAUGUAUCAAGUAAUACAAGGAUUGGCUUUUAUCCACAAGCACGGAUUCUUUCAUCGUGACAUGAAGCCAGAAAACUUGCUCUGCAUGGGUCCAGAUCUUGUCAAAAUAGGAGAUUUUGGAUUAGCCAGAGAGAUAAGAUCACGUCCACCGUACACAGACUAUGUAUCCACAAGAUGGUAUCGUGCUCCUGAAGUGCUACUGCGAUCGUCAAUCUAUAGUUCUCCGAUAGAUAUUUGGGCAAUCGGAUGCAUUAUGGCUGAACUGUACACUCUGAGGCCGCUCUUUCCCGGAGUCAGCGAGGUGGAUGAAAUCUUUAAAAUUUGCCAAGUGCUGGGCACACCAAAGAAAAGCGAGUGGCCGGAAGGUUAUCAGCUUUCGGCUGCCAUGAAUUUCCGUUUUCCACAGUGUGUGCCCAUUCACCUGAAGGCAUUGAUACCCAAUGCAAGCGAUGACGCAAUUCAGCUACUUAAAGAAACGCUUUAUUGGGAUCCUAAAAGGCGACCAAAUGCCAGUCAAGCACUUCGAUAUCCUUACUUCCAAGUGGGCCAAGCACUGGGCGCCCCUCUGACACCGUACGUUCAGCCUCCGCAGGUGCCGAAGAAAAUAACUCAGCCGACGGAGGUCAAGCAAGAAAUAUUGCCAAAGUACAAGCUUCAGCCCCAGCCCCAGCCUCCAUCUCAGCCUCAGCUGAAAGGCACAAAUCAGCCACUGCGACAAGUGCAAAUCCCACAGAUGACUGCCAACCAGCGAGAACCGGAGAGGGAGGCGGUGAAAUACAAGCCAGCCCCUCUUCCCGCUAUCACCAAUAAUGCCUACCUGAAUGAACUUCAGAAGCCAGCCAAAGGGAGAGAGAAUAAUGCUCUGGGGUUCAAAAGCGGCAGACGGAGAUGGGGCCAGAUUGCAAUGAAAACCAUGGACAGUUGGGACGAUUUUGAUAGUUCUGACUUUGGAGUGUCCUUCUCAAAAAAGGCCACUGUCGAGCAGCCGAAGGAGGAUUUCGCUGACAGCUUUCUACAAAGCACAGUUGAACACCAACCACUACACCACAACAGCAGAGGAACAAAAACGGUUCCGAACACCACGGUGUCUAGACUGGACUCUGGAUUAUCUUCAUCCUCAGCAAGGCAGCACUACCUGAGGCAGUCAAGGUAUCUUCCAGGGAUACAUUCCAAGAACGCAUCGGUGGUAGGAACUAACAAGGAACAUAACAAAGCGUUGGGAAUGAUCAGUGGAGGACCCUCCAUCGGUAGAAUUAAUGCUGGAAACCUGGGCGUGUUUGGUCCAGACAGUACGACCGGUGGUUAUAUCCCGUCUUUCUUUAAAAAGGAAGUUGGCUCAGCGGGACAGAGAGUUCAGUUUGCUUUUGGUGGACCUGCGACUAACCACGAUGCUUGGAAAACCAACCCGACCCAACCCCAGCUCCCGGCCCCCAAUUACAAUGCAGCCAAAAAGCACUCAGCUGAACGCCUGGCCUAUCCACCGCACAUUCACCCCGUUCAUGGAAGGACGGACUGGGCAUCUAAAUACGGCGACCACAGAUAGCCACUGCCCUCGCGGCUACUACUUCCCAGUCCCGGACUGUGAGAGCUUGGGCUCCGGCCUCACCAACCCAGUCCAAAGAUGACCUUCACCUCCAUUUUGAUAACUGGCGGGAUCAUUUUCAAUUUGAAACCCAGGCAGUCGUCACAGUCCAAGAUACAGCCGGCUGUUCACACAUUAACAGCACGGAUGCAGAUACGAUCAGCGGCUGUAGAAUUUAUACCAUGCUCCUGGAAGAUGUCAAUUUAUGUUUUAAUAUUUAAAUCAAUUUUAAUAAGCGUAGUAGAUUAGGGAUAUUUAUUUUCAUAUCUUGCGGAUACUACAAGUGCCUUGAAAACCCUUUUGCUUUUUGAACAUUUAAGGCUGACUGGAAUGUAAAACUUUAUUUCAUGUUCGAAUGUGUUGUGUUGGGAUUAGUCAUUCGUGCUUAGACCCGGUGAUUACGGGCACCAGAGGAAGAAAUAUCGAUCCUUCCAAGUAACCAGAAAUAUUUUAAAAUGCAUGUUAAUGUCCAGAACCAGCUUCUUAAAAUGUUGUUGUAUUUAAAAUGCUUCUUAGCACUGAAGAUGCCUUCAGUAAUUUGUUUGUAAUGAACCAAUCACAAUCACCAAUCCUGCAGGGUUUGUUUUGUUAGUAAAACUCUAUUGAUUUAUUGGGA